CAAUUCCGCGUCUCCUAAUUCUUUCCGAGGUGCUCCCCAGCCGCCGCCGCCUCCACUAACUGCGCCUCACUUUCCUAUUACUCGUGGAUUUGAGUGCCGUGGUGUGAUGGCAGAUGUUCAAGAUGGUCAGUAUGAUUCGUCCACUGACAGCUUGCGCGUUGAGCCUAUUUAUGAAUCAUUUCUUUGUCCACUGACAAAACAAAUUAUGCGGGAUCCUGUCACUUUAGAGAGUGGUGCUACAUUUGAACGUGAAGCCAUUUUGAAGUGGUUCAAGGAAUCUGAUAGCAGUGGAAGGAGCCUUGUCUGCCCUAUUACUAGGAAGGAGCUCAGCAGCACUGAGUUGAAUCCAAGUAUUGCUCUGAGAAACACUAUUGAUGAAUGGAUGCAUAGGAAUCAGGCAGCUAAACUUGAUGUAGCCCGUAAAUCCUUAACUUCUGAGAAUUCAGAACAUGAUACUUUGCAAGCACUUGAAUAUGUUGUGGAGAUAUGUCAGAGAAGUAGAUCCAGCAGACAUGUAGUGAGGAAGCUUGGCUUGAUAAGCUUAAUUUCUGAGCUGUUGAAGAAUAGUAGUACAAAAGUACGGCAAAAGGCAUUGGAAAGUCUUUGCUUUAUAGCUAAAGAUGACAAUGAUAACAAGGAUGAGAUUGCUGCCGGGGACAACAUUCGCACAAUAGUGAAGUUCUUAUCUCAUGGCCACGUCCAAGAGAAAGAACAGGCUGCAUCUCUGUUAUAUGAACUUUCACAAUAUAAACCUCUUUCAGAAAAAAUUGGGAGCGUUCCUGGGGCCAUACUUAUACUUGUUGGCUUGUCAAGUAGUAAAAUAGAAAACCUGUUGACAGUUGAUAGGGCUGAUAAGACACUUGUGAAUUUGGAGAGCUGUGAAAAAAAUGUUAGACAGAUGGCGGAAAACGGUAGACUGCAACCCCUUCUUAGGCUUCUCCUUGAAGGUUCACCUGAUACACAAUUAUCUAUGGCUGCUUAUGUCGGGGAGCUUGUUUUAACAAACGAUGUGAAGGUCUUUGUGGCACAAACAGCAGGCUCUGCACUGGUCAAUAUCAUGAAAAGUGGGAAUAGGGAGGCUAGAGAAGCCGCUCUGAAGGCACUGAAUCAAAUUUCAUCUUACGACGUCAGUGCGAAGAUACUAAUUGAAGCAGGUAUUCUCCCACCUCUCAUAGCAGACCUCUUUACAGUUGGCAGUAAUCAGCUCCCAAUGAGGUUGAAGGAGGUGUCAGCAACAAUUCUUGCAAAUGUUGUGGCAUCAGGUGCAAAUUUUCAGUCCAUUCCACUUGACCACAACAGGCAGACACUGGUAUCUGAAGAAAUUGUUCACAAUCUGCUUCAUCUCAUCAGCAAUACAGGACCUGCAACUGAGUGUAAGUUACUCCAGGUGCUUGUUGGUUUAACUAGUUCUUCUACAACUGUCCAAAGCAUAGUUGAUGCCAUCAAAAGCUCAGGGGCUACUGUCAGUUUAAUUCAGUUUGUUGAAGCACCUCAAAGAGAGGUUCGCAUGGCUUCCAUCAAGCUCUUGAAUAACAUAUCACCAUGUAUGGGACAAGAACUGGCUGAAGCUUUUCGUGGAAAUUUUAGUCAACUCAGCAGCUUGAUUAGAGUCAUUGCUGACAACAAUGGUAUUUCUGAAGAGCAAGCACCCGCUGCUGGUCUGGUAGCUGAUCUUCCUCUGCAGGAUUCGGUGCUAACCAGACGUCUUGUUGAAGAUGGGGCUUUCACCACAAUCAUAUCCAAAGUGAUAAUGAUCCGACAAGGCGAGAGUCGUGGGGGGCGUUUCGUCAACCCUUUUCUUGAAGGCUUAGUUAGGAUAGUCUCCCGGAUCACAUUUAUCUUGGAGGAUGAUCCAGAUAUCGUUGCUGUUGCUCGUGAAUACAAUCUCACUGCACUAUUUAGUGAUCUGCUUCAGAUGAAUGGUCUUGACACUGUCCAGAUUGUCUCUGCCACCGCACUAGGAAAUCUAUCUGGCCAGUCAAAGCAUCUAACGAAGAUUCUGCCACCUCCCAACGCGGGAUUGUGUUUUUCAAUAUUUCCAUGCCUCAGUCAGAAGUCUGUAGCAACUGGUGUCUGUAGAGUUCAUCAUGGAAUAUGUUCGUCAAGAGAAAGCUUCUGUCUCUUGGAAGGGAAGGUGGUGGAGAAGUUGGUUGCUUGCUUGGAUCACAACAAUGAGAAAGUUGUUGAAGCCUCUCUAACAGCACUGUCUACAUUAUUAGACGAUGGAGUGGACAUUGAUCAAGGUGUGAUGGUCCUGUGCGACGCAGAGGGCGUGAAACCAAUUCUUGAUGUAUUGUGUGAGAAUCGGACCGAGGCGCUGAGGCAGAGAGCGGUGUGGGCCGUAGAAAGGAUCCUUAGGACGGAUGAAAUAGCUUAUGAGAUCUCGGGAAACCAAAAUGUUAGUACAGCCUUGGUCGAAGCUUUCAGGCAUGGUGACUUUAGGACAAGACAAAUUGCAGAGCGAGCGCUAAAGCAUGUUGAUAAGCUGCCCAAUUUCUCUGGGAUAUUUUCGAAGAUCGGGGCACAGUGACCAUGUUAUGCAAAAGUAGGUGUUCUAUUAUACAGGUCACCUGCAGAUCCUCUUGAGUUUCAUAAAGAUACAAAACUCAAAUAUUUGCGCAUGCCAAAUCUCAUAUCAAUCAAUUGCUUUCCCAGCUUAACUGUGUUAGCACAGCCGCUCUCCAAAUAGUUCACAAAUUGAUCGAAUUGAUAGAAUGGGAACUGAAGGUAUUAUUGGUGUGUAUAGUAUAGUGUAUAUUUCCACCCUGUAAGCUUGUUGUAUCUGUAUUAUUCAGAUGCUCAGAUCCAUAGCGUGAUAUUUUUGUGUUCGUACUUUAAUCAUACAUAUGUCUAAUCUGGGUUGAAACCCGAAAGAGAAGAAAAGAAGCUUUUGCACACAAGAAA